UCAGGCCACGGCCCCCGCAGUAGCAAGUAAGUAACUCGGACAUUCAGUUAACGUUCAUUGUUCACUCCUCAGUAAACACUGGUCAUUCGGCCGAUCGCAACGUGUUAGCGUUGCCCGUACAAACGUGAAAAUGUACUUCUAUCGAAUUAUUGCACUAGUGUUCUUCUGUGGUGUUGCCUUCGCUUCUGAAGAAUUGCCGAGCCCUUUCUCCGAUGCCUUCAUAAAUAUCAUAAACAGGAAACAAACGUCAUGGAGAGCCGGACACAACUUUCCUUUGCAUUCAACGCUACUAGGAAUCAAGAAACUUAUGGGAACAAUAAAUGACAAGUUUUAUUCUUCUCUUUUAUCAGUGGAACAUGAUGACGAUGCUUUGAGGGACCUGCCAGAAAAUUUUGAUCCAAGAGAUAAAUGGCCUAACUGUCCCACGCUGAAUGAGAUAAGGGACCAAGGGUCCUGCGGAAGUUGUUGGGCGUUUGGUGCUGUUGAAGCUAUGACGGACCGUGUUUGUAUUUAUUCUAAUGGCACACAACAUUUCCACUUUUCAGCUGAGGACUUAUUGAGUUGUUGUCCCAUUUGUGGUCUGGGGUGCAACGGGGGAAUGCCGACACUUGCCUGGGAGUAUUGGAAACAUUUUGGACUUGUUUCUGGAGGUAAUUACAAUUCUAGCCAAGGCUGCCUUCCGUACCAAAUACCUCCGUGUGAGCAUCAUGUUCCCGGUGACAGAAUGCCAUGCAGCGGUGACACAAGUACCCCGAAAUGCACGAGGUCCUGCAGAAAUGGAUACAAAAACACAUAUAAGGCUGACAAACGGUAUGGAAAGCAUGUGUACAGCAUCAGGGGCGGCGAGAGGCAUAUAAUGGCAGAAUUAUCUAAGAACGGACCUGUGGAAGGAGCAUUUACAGUUUAUUCCGACCUGCUUUCUUAUAAAAGUGGUGUGUACAAACAUACUGUAGGCGAAGCGCUUGGGGGACAUGCGAUUAAAAUUAUAGGGUGGGGAGUUGAAAACGGAAACAAAUAUUGGCUGAUUGCAAACUCGUGGAACUCUGACUGGGGAGAUAACGGCUUCUUCAAAAUAUUACGUGGCGAAGAUCAUUGCGGUAUUGAAAGUUCUAUAGUCGCUGGAGAACCGCUUUUUAACUAAGAUAAUAUUACAAUGUAACAAAUUUAGUUCUUGUAUUUGAUUAAAACUUCAGUUUUGUGUAUAAUAAAUUUAUGAAACAUUAA